AUGUUGCGGAGUAAUAUCAGCUCUGUGCUUCGCCGCUCGGUGAAACACCGUUGCUUGGCUACUUCAGCAGCUUCUCAGGCUGAAGUGCUCGGCAAGUACCCAAUCGGACUUCAAGUGCAUGGCUUCAGCAUCAAAGAAGUCCAGCCAGUGCCUGAAUUCUCCCUUGUGGCUGUUAGAUUGCAGCACGAGAGAACCGGACUGGAGCAUUUGCAUUUAGAUUCUCCAUCUGAUAGAAACAAUGUGUUCUCUGUGGCUUUGAAGACGAAUCCUCCAGACGCCACUGGUGUCCCUCACAUCUUGGAACACACAACGCUAUGUGGCUCAUACAAGUAUCCUGUUAGGGAUCCAUUCUUCAAGAUGUUGAAUAGAUCCUUAAGUAACUUUAUGAACGCUAUGACCGGCCAUGACUAUACGUUUUACCCGUUCGCAACCACGAACAAUACCGACUUCUAUAACUUGAUGGAUGUUUACUUGUCUUCGGUGUUCGAGCCACUCUUGAAGUAUGAAGACUUCAUGCAAGAAGGUUGGAGAUUGGAGCAGCUGGACAUGACUGACCCUAAGAGUGAUAUUGAGUUCAAAGGUGUGGUCUACAAUGAGAUGAAGGGCCAGUACUCCAACUCGAGCUACUUAUACUAUAUCAAGUUCCAAGAGGCCAUUUAUGCCAGCUUGAACAACUCUGGCGGUGAUCCUAAGAAGAUGAUUGACCUUCAUUAUGAAGAUCUCGUUGACUUCCACUCCUUUAAUUACCAUCCAUCAAAUGCGAAGACCUUUACGUAUGGUAACUUCCCCUUGACAAGUCACUUGGAAAAGCUUGACAAAUUCUACAAUGCUUUCGGCAAGCGCUCAAACAAAAGAGAUGUUAAGAGGUCGAUUUUCGACUUGGACAAUUCAACCAAGCAACAUGACGUUGAGGUGAAAGGCCCAGUUGAUACCAUGACCACUAAGCCUAUUGAAGAGCAGCUUAAGUCUUCGAUUACCUGGUAUUUGGGUAAUCCAUUGGAUGAAUCAAAGCAAUAUGACCUUUUCAAAUGGAAGGCUUUGAGCACUCUUUUGCUUGACGGCCAUAAUGCCCCAUUCUACCAAGAGUUGAUUGAAACUGGCUAUGGUGAGGAUUUCUCCGCAAAUGCCGGUCUUGAUACUACCACUUCGUUGUUGAGCUUUACUAUUGGACUCAACAAUCUUUCUCGUGAAAAGGUAGACAACCUCGGCGCCAAGAUCCAGAGUAUCUUGUCAGAAAAGGUUAUCCCAGAGCUUGCUAAAGGCGAAGAGAGCUCGUUCCACGAAAGAGUAGAGGCUAUUCUUCACCAACUUGAGUUGGGCUUCAAAAAGCAUAAGCCAGAUUUUGGUUUAGGACUUUUGUCUUCCAUCAUCCCACUGUGGGUUAAUGGCGUUAACCCUAUUAACAUUUUGAAGAUCGAGCAGAUCCUCAAUAGAUUCAAGGAAGAUUACAAAGAGAACGGAUUGAAGAUGUUCUCUGAGAUGCUCGAAAAUACCAUGUUAAAGAAGGAUGCCCCUCAAUUCAGGUUCACUAUGGUACCUGAUGAGAACUUCAAUACCAACUUGGCGAAGGAGGAAGAGGAGAGACUUGCUGAGAGAGUCCAGAAACUUGAUGAAGGUGACAAAGAAACUCUCUAUAAGAGAGGUACGAAUCUCCUCGAGAAACAGCAAGAACAGGAGGAUGUUUCUAUCUUACCAACCUUAAAUGUGUAUGAUAUUCCUCGCCAGGGUGACUUCCAUGCGUUGAGCUUCUCUGAUCUUGCCGGCAGUGGUGGUAAAAUUCAAAAGAGAGCCACAAACACUAACGAUCUCGUCUACGUGAGUGCCACCAAAGAUUUGGGCUUCCUUCCUGUGGAGUUCUACAAGUACUUGCCGCUCUUCAACCUGUGCUUGACUAACUUGGCUGGUACGUCGAAGACAUCCAUUUUGGAUUUGGAAAACAAGAUACAAAAGUAUACUGGAGGUGUAACGUUCACUACCUUUGCCAAGUCAGACCCUUACGACAUCAAUAAGACCAACUUUAAGUAUCUGAUGACCGGUAUGUCACUUAAAGACAACACAAGUCAUUUGUAUGACAUUUGGGCUGAUGUCUUGGCUAAUACAAAGUUUGAUGCGAAAGACGAGGCCGUUGUGGAGAAGUUGCACGUUUUGAUCAAGAAUCUUGGACAGAAUCAACUCAAUAAUAUUGCUGAUAGAGGCCAUGUCUACUCAAACGCCUACAGCAAUGCACAGUUGACUCCAACGAAGUACAUUAAUGAUUUGCUUGGAGGUAUUGAGCAGGUAAAGUUUAUCCUGGAGCUCAAUCAAAAGAUUGAUGCUGAAGGUAAGGACUAUCUUGUUAGAGAAAUCUUGCCUGUCCUUCAGAAGAUUCAAAAGGCGCUUUUGUCGAACUACACUGAGGGUCAAAUUCCAGGUUUCAACUACAACAUUGUCUCCGACAAGGCUUCCAUAGCUGAGAACGAGAAGUUGAUUGAACAGUUCGACUUAAAGCUCACGGAUAGUCAGCUGGCCGCUCAGAACAAUGCCUUGCAGGGCCUCAUUACUGAUUUCAAGCCAGCUCUUCAGCAAAAGACCGUCCUUGACCUACCAUUCCAAGUCGGGUACGGCUCUCUUGCUAACUUGGGUGCUGCUUAUACCUCCAAAGAUGGAGCAGCUUUGCAGGCUCUCGCACAGAUUCUCACCUUUAAGCAUUUACAUUCGGUCAUUAGAGAGUCGAACGGUGCAUACGGCGGUGGCCUUAGCUACGACGGCUUGGGUGGUACUUUGAAUUUUUACUCUUACAGAGAUCCAAAUGCUGUCAAGUCAAUAGAGUCAUUUACGAAGGCACCAGGUAUUGCCCAAAAGAAUCUUGUGGACGGCAAGUGGGGUGACAAGGACUUGCAGGAAGCUAAGCUUGCCAUCUUCCAAAGCGUUGACGCUCCAAGCCACAUCUCUAGCGAAGGCUCUGGAUUCUUCUUGGAAGGUAUCAGUGACGAGAUGAGACAGGAGAGGAGAGAAAGAUUCUUAGAUGUCAGUCUCAAGGACUUGCAGGAUGUCAACGAGAAGUAUCUCGUCAACCCUGAUAGAUCUGUCAAGACGAUCAUCGGCGAUGUGAAGAACCUUGGCGAGCUUGGGGACGGUUGGGAUGUUAAGCUGUUUUAA